AUGCCGCAUUUAUGUCUCCACACUAUUGGUCUGCUUGCAGCGGCCAUUUGGCCUGCUUUUGCCUUGCCCGCCACCUCCCUCCCUGAUGGCGCCGUCGACCCAUCCAGGCUUCAAGUCCGCGCCGGACAGAACCAGCCUGUUCGCAUGCAGGGAUACAACGUCAAUUUCCAGCAAAGCUCGCGGAAAAUCUUGGUGAAAUCGUUUGACCACAAGGCCACGCCUACGUUGACUACCACCUUGACUCUUUCCGGUCACCCAACGGCCUUCACUAUCGAGCCCUCGGACACUGCUAUCGUUGCGGCAACCUUCACCGGACCUGGUUCGGAGAUAUUUGCCUGCUAUCCAAGCGUGACGACCCAGCAAGGUGCCAAGUAUACGGACUGUUUCGACGACACGAUCACCUUCUUCGGUGGUGGAGGUGCCCACACGGCCUCGACCAGGUCUGACUCGACCGACCAUACACAAUCGACCACUUCGAAGGGUACCGAUACUGCGGCGCACACCUCGCACACCUCGCCGAACCGUCAUUCCACGUCUACCACGCAUACUUCUGGUGGCGAUGUGCUGUCCUUUGGUUCUAUCACUGCCACUGCGAAUCCAGCCGGGUUUAACAUUGGUACCGCUACCUUGACUCCAGGUGGACAUGUCACUGUUGGUACAGAUACGGUGUCGCUGGGCCAAGGUGGUACGGUGUUUGUUGAUGGAAGCCCCGUUUCUCAUCAUACAACAACAAAACCGAAUCCUGGUUCAACCUCAUCUUCUACCUCCAGUGGGCAAUGGAUCACCCUUUCGGAUGCUUCCAUCACCGGCUUGUAUGGAAUCCAGACCCUGCCAGGCUUGGAAAGUGUGACAGCUCCCACGACCAUUAACACCGAGUACGUCAUUUCUGGCACUCAUACCACAACGGGACCUGUCUAUGUUGCAUCUGGCGGCAUUGUACUAGAGCAUUGGCCUCCAUCGGGCAAUGGCCCAGAGAUUGGAUCUGGCAUUCACCUUUCGAAUCCUAUCCGACCGAAUAUCGAAAAGCCUAGCCUGAAAUGCCCCAGUCUCCUGAAGUGGCUAUGCGGUUCUCAUAGUACUUCCCCCAGCGAUGGUGGAAGUGAGGUGGACCCAGAUGAUAAACCGGACACGAACCCGAAGGACGACCCAAAUAAUGACAACCACACGACUAAGAAGCAGACCACAACUAGUGAUCAAACUUCGACAACAAGCCAUUCAUCAACCUCAUCAACCACAUCAACCACAUCUUGUGCGACCUCUACGACCGCGAGAGACUGCCAGGUCAAGUGCAGCACGGCAAUCGCCUCGGGUGCAUCCACAGCUACGACCGAUUGCUUUACGAUAAUGUGCACCACUGUAACAGGAUGCUCAGCUAAGCCAACUGCAUCGACUACAAUUAUAUCCAGCAGCAGCACAUGUACGGGUUGCCCAAACGUAGCUAUGGGGCAAAAUUGGAUAUUCCCAGUCCUCACAGUCGACACAGCUGGGCUUGAGAAGAUGGCCGCUUCGAUCGAAGCGGAGGACAGCUCGAUCUUUGCUUAUUAUGCCACGGCCUCGACUCCUGGAGCAACGGCAACCACCGCGCCUGUGCCGGCUUCUACAUCGACCGAAUCCACUGCGACAUCCACGAGAUCAAGCACAACCCGUGACUCAUCCACGUCAUCAACAACUCAUUCCUCGUCGUUGACAUCUGAUUCCACAUCGUCCACGUCUCAUUCUACGACGUCGAAACAUUCAUCCACGUCGUCGAAAACCUCAGCCUCGUCAACAUCCACAUCGCCCUCCAAAUCUGGAGCAAUUCAAAUCUACAACCAGCCCUGCCCCACCCCGGAAACGUACUUCAUUUAUGAAGUCGACCCUAAGAACUCCGAGGCACAAGUCGGGAGUCCAUGCGACAAGCAUCCAUUCACGCAGCAAGUCACCUGGCAAGGCGAGGAUAGCACGAUUGAUAUUGGCCCCUUUACAGCUGGAGGUUACAAGAACUGUAACUUCAAGGCUACUGGCUGGCAGGCUGGGGCUCUUACCUGCGACGAUUUCUCGCAGGUGAAAUGCAAGUCGUCAACAGAAGCCAUUCAGAUCGACAGUUGCGCGAAAAAUUGUCCGAUUGGAGCGACUCUGGACUGGAUCUGUACGUGGGGGAAUAGUUGA